AUGGCACCCCCCCACCGGCCGCGCAUCACCAUCCUAGGCUCCCUCAACAUCGACCUCGUCAGCUACGUGCCCCAUCACCCUCUGCCAGGCGAGACCCUGACGUCGACGCACUUCGACACCUCGCCCGGCGGCAAGGGCGCCAACCAAGCCGUGGCGUGCGCCAAGCUCUCCCGCGCGAGCGACCUGUCCUCGCCGUCGGCGGACGUGGCCAUGCUGGGCGCCGUCGGCGCCGACCAGUACGGCACCACGCUGCUCGACAGCCUCGCCGAGUACGGCGUCGACACGUCGGGCGUCGCGGUCCGCAAGGCCGCCAAGACGGGCAUCGCCAUCAUCGUCGUCGACGAGCCCUCGGGCCAGAACCGCAUCAUCCUGUCGCCCGAGUCGAACCACACCCUCCUGCCGCGCCAUUUCGAGGAGCUGCCCGCCCCGAAGCCAGACCUGCUCAUCAUGCAGCUCGAGGUGCCCUUCGAUACCGUCAUGCAGGCUUUGAGGGCCGCCAAGGCCGAGGGGAUCCCCGUCUUGUUGAACCCUGCCCCGGCCCAAACUCUCCCCGCCAGUGCCUACGACGGGUUGGCGCACUUGAUUGUGAACGAGACCGAGGCUUCUAUUCUCUCCGGACGGCCCGAGUCGGAGCUGGAGGACGAGGCUGGGCUUGACGGCGUUGCCAACAUUUUCCUCGAGCGUAGGGUAAGUAAUGUGGUGAUUACACUGGGCGGACGCGGUGUGUACUAUGCCACUCAGAGUGGCAACAAGGGGCUGGUGCCUGCGCUCAAGGCGAAUGUCGUCGAUACCACAGCUGCUGGCGAUACAUUCGUUGGGUCGUAUGCGCUAUCUAUAGUAAAUGCUGGUGAGGGCGAGCUCGACAUCGACGCUGCUGUCAAGGCGGCGAACAGAGCAUCAGCCAUUACAGUAUCAAGAAAAGGUGCUCAAAUAUCUAUUCCCUGGAAAGACGAGCUGCAAUAG